AUGGUGCAACACACGCGCAAGGCAAAAUGUCCUAAGCAUCGCAACCUUCGUCGUGCGCCCGACAACCACCCGCGGACCAUUUGGAUGCCCCAACGACACCACAGCAAGACAAGGAACGCAAGAGCUUCUUCGAAACCAAGUCUCUCUGACCGCGAUCCCCUCCGUCAUCUAGGCUUUGGCUCGACAGCUUCCCCGUUCGGUGGCGCUACUAGCGCCUUCGGCGGAGGUGCUUCCAACACAUCUACUGGUUUCGGAACUGGCACUGGCGGAGGGUUUGGAUCCAACACGCAAAGUCAACCUAAUUCACUCUUUGGCGGAGCUCGCCCCGGUGGAUUCGGCACCACCAACACUUCCAACAGUGGAAGUUUGUUCGGACAAGGCACUCAGACCGCUGGCACUGGCGGCUUCGGCACUGGUGGAGGAUUCGGCUCUGCUGCCACUCCUGGCGGCUUUGGCGCCAAUGCCAACACAGCCUCGAACACUGGUGGAAGCCUUUUUGGCGCAGCUAAGCCCUCAGCUUUCGGCGCAUCUACAACAGGAACUGGCGGAUUUGGCACAAGUGGUGGGUUUGGAUCUACUGCCACCCCUACUACAACUCCCAGCACCGGCUUUGGCAGUGGAGGCACUGCCUUCCAGGGCGCCCUGCCUGCCUGCGAAGGUACCGGCAGCACUCCUUUCAACCCCUGGACUGAGAAGGAUGCCGCUACGGCCGGCACCACGAAUCACUACCAAAGCAUCUGCUUUAUGCAACCCUACAACAAAUGGUCCUUCGAAGAGCUGCGCCUAGCAGAUUAUCAACAAGGCCGUCGUUUUGGCAAUGGCAGUGGCCAGGCUGGUGGCUUCGGCGCCCCUGCUUUUGGCAACGCUUCUACUGGUGGGUUUGGUCAACAAAACACGUCUACCCCUAGCGCCUUCGGUUCCAGCGCUACUCCGUUCGGCGGAGCUGCAACCGGUGUGCAAUCUGGCUUUGGCUCAACCCAAACCGCAGGUGGAUUCGGCUCCACUGGCUCUAAUCCCUUGUUCGGUGCAGCCAAGCCAGCAAAUUCACUGUUUGGUGGUGGAACUACUCCAGCAGCCUCGACAGGAUCCCUUUUCGGUGGAACCACGCAGACCGCCGGCGGAUUCGGAAGCAACACGGGCACUGGAACUGGAGGGGCCUUCGGCAAUACCGGCGGAUCCCUUUUUGGUGCCAACACGCAGCAGAACAAGCCUGCAUUUGGCGCCAGUGCCACCACUGGCAAUACCUUUGGUGGGUUCGGUGGUAACACUCAAACAACCACUGCCGCGAACCCGUUCGGAGGCGCAACUGCUACGGCCUCACCAUUUGGUGGCGGUACUCAGCAAACCACGAGUGCUUUCGGCGGCGGCUUUGGUAAUGCCAACCAGAAUCAGGCUCAGCCUCAGGCAAAGUCAUUGUUCGGUGGUGGAGGAUUCGGAGCAGGUACCCAACAACAAGGAACUGGCACAGGUUUGCUUGGUGGAGGCACUGGCGCUGCCCCAGCCGCUGGGGGCUCGCUCUUUGGAGGAGCUCAACAGCAGCCACAGCAGCAGCAGGGAGGAGGCUCGCUCUUUGGUGGUCAGACUCAGCAAGCUGGGACUGGCAAUUCGCUGUUUGGUGGUGCACAGAAUCAGCAGCAACAGAAGCCGGGUGGUCUUUUCGGAUCCACCCCAGCUGCCAGUGGGGGCGGAUUCUCUGGCUUCGGUGGCGCCCAAACCCAGCCAGCUGCUGGUGGUAGUAGCCUAUUCAAUACGCAGAAUCAACAACAGCAGAAGCCUGGUGGUCUCUUUGGAGGAAGUCAAGGUGCCGGUGGAGGCUUGUUCGGCGGGGGACAAACUACUACCGGGCAGACUGGCGGCUCUUCGCUCUUCGGAGGUAGCCAAGCUCAGAACCAGCAAGCCUCUCCCUUUGGCGGCAGUGCUUUCGGCGCCUCGCAGCCCGGGCAACAGUCCCAGCCUGUUCCUGGUAGCUUCCAAGCAUCGCUACUCGACGGAAACCCCUAUGGAAGCCAGUCCAUCUUUUCGGGCCUUCCCGCUCCUGGUGGAUCGACACCCGGUCCCCUUGCCACGCCGCUGUCUUCCAGCAUGAAGCAGAAGCAGCGGACUCCUUUGCCUGUCCACAAGAUUACCCCUAAUGCAGCUAAUCGUCUCUUUACCCCCCCGAAGCGUGGAUAUGGUUUCUCUUAUUCCACCUAUGGCUCGCCAGCCAGCAGCACGGGCACUCCAUCCGGUCUUGCCAGCAGUUUGUUGGGUGGCGGCGGCAACACUCUUCGCAGUAGCGUCAGCGGCAGCAUCGGCCGUAGCUUCAGCAAGAGCUACUCCACUAGCAACCUUCGCAAGACAUUCGAUCCAGAGGCCGACAGUAUCCUCUCUCCCGGUGCCCUACAGGCCGGCAGCAUGCGUGGUACCAGCAACCUCAAGCGCCUCCAGAUCAACCGUGACGUGAGGAAUGAGCUAUUCUCGAAGCCAAGCAGUGCUAGUUCCUCGCCUACUCCUCUUCUCGCUAAUGGAGAAGAUGUCGGCCAAGCCGGUGAUAAGCUGAAGAAAAAGGUCAGCUUCGACUCUACUUCGCCUGGUGUCACUGGUGGAGAGCUUGUUCGUGUUGAGACCGAGAGCUCCGAGCCGUCUGCAGAGGAGCUCGGAUUCAUUCGCUCCACCCGCAAGAGUGGUAGCCUUGGUGGCAUCGACGCUCCCAAGGUUUCAGGUCGUCCUGAAAUGGAAUCUGUCAGUCGAGACCUCACUGUUGUCCCUGAAAAUGCUCCGGCAGCCACCAACGGUGCGACCGUCAAGCGUCUCACCUUUAUCCCUGGCGGUGACCCACGGCCUGGCGAGUAUUGGAUGCAGCCUAGCCGUGCCGAGCUUAGCCGAAUGACCCGCGACCAGCUCAAACAAGUUGUCGACUUCACUGUUGGACGUCAGAACUGUGGCUCGGUAACUUUCAAUGGCCCGGUCGAUCUGACUAACGUUGAUCUGGACAACCUCUUCGCCUCGACUGUGGACAUUGGUCUUCGCAAGAUCACCGUCUACCCCGAAGAAUCGGUCAAACCUGCCAGGGGCAAGGGUCUGAACGUGCCAUCCACCCUGCGGAUUGAGAAUUCCUGGCCUCGCGGUAGAGAUAAGAAGAGCAACUCGCCUGUGACUAGUGGUCCUUUGUUCGACAAGCACAUCGAUCGUCUGCAGAAAGUUGGCGACACCGAGUUCGUCAACUACGAGACCGAGACUGGUACAUGGGUUUUCAAGGUGCCUCACUUUACCACUUAUGGCCUUGAUUACGACGAAGAGGAAGGUGAGAGUCUUGAUCAGAGCAUGAUGAGUGCCCAGGGCCCUGACCAUGCUACUUCCAAGGCUGAGUUCGAUCAUCCCGCAAGCUUUGAGCAGUCUACCACUUUCUCCAUUGAUGAGUCUUUCGUUGGCUCUAUGAUCGGUGUCGAAGACGAUACGUUUGACUUCAAGAAGCGCAAGCUCGUCCCUGGUUCUGUUCCUGGUUCAUUUGCUAACCAGGCGGUGCCUGUUGAGAACGAUGAUUAUUUUUCUGAGGGUGAGACCGAGUCUUUUUUAGAGGAAGGCUCCACGGGUUCGACUACUGAGAAUGACGACGACGUCGUCACCGAGAGCCAACGGUCUGGCGAUUCGGUAGUUGGAUCAGAUGAGGCAGAUGAAAUGGAUAUGGCGGGUGCCUUUCCCACUCCUCAUCGCACCGUGGAGCAGGAUGAUUACCAGAGCACCAUUGGUGACCUGGAUACCACUCACCCCAUCUCAAACCCCUUUGGCAGUCCUGCGAGGCCCCAGCUUGACCUCAGUGGCGACUGGGCUGAGCAAUUGCAGCGUACCAUCAGCCCACGCAAGCAGAACCGUGACGCCUUGCGCGAAAUGCAAGCUAAUGCUUUCAUGGAACGCAACCUCGUGAAUGACGAGUCUCCCACAAACGUUGCCACCGCUUCUCCCAAGAAAGGCUUCUCGAAUAGCAUUGAUCUUAUGAACUCUUUGUUCCAGCAGCCACGCAAGCAGUCUGCCCCGUCUCCGCUUAAGGCUCCCAAGACAAAGGGCUUUGAGUGGCCUUACAACAAACAACCCAAAACCUUUGCUGGCGAUGCAACACAAAUGACGGAGUCUGAUGCUGAGUUCCAUGACUCUUUCAAGCCUCGCUGGGGUCCCAUGGACUCCCUUGUUUGUGCGAAAACCAAUAUGGAGAGCGCAAUCUUGGAUGUCAAUCAAACUUGGAAAGAAUCGUUCUCGAUCGUUAGCGAGGAGCGAGAUAUUUCCGUGCUGACUUACAAUAAUAAAUCCGGCGAGGUGAAGGAUAUGCUGGACGUCCAGCGACUCCAGUCCACUAUUCAGCGCGUCGACGGCGCCCCCUUCAUUCAUAUCUCCAAGGUCGACCUGGCACAGUUUCCUAUGUCUCCUUCUAGCCGUUCCCAGACAGACGAAGAGCGCCUGCUAUGGCAGCUUCUCAACGUCCUGUUUAAUGACGACAUUGAAGACGAUAUCUCAGCAGGUGUCCCGCCGCGUCUACGACAACAAUUUGCGCACCGGAUCAAGAAGGAUCGACUUACUCGUCUCUGGGAAGGCAUCAUCCGCGAGAAACACACGCAAAGCUUGGAUACAAUUCACUCGCCGGUGGAACGCGCCGUGCAUCUACUUUGUUCGCACCGAGUGGAGGAAGCUUGUAAGACAUUGGUUGAGAGUCAAAACCCGCACCUGGCAACUGUGGUUGCACAGAUUGGUCGCGAUGCUACCUCACGGGCCGACAUCGCGAACCAAAUUGAUGUUUGGCGUCAGAACAAUGUGCUGUCCGAGAUGACUGAACCCGUUCGAGCCCUUUACGAACUGGUUGCAGGAAAUGCUCUCCGCUCCGAAGGCAAAUCGGGCGGUGCGCUGGAAGACCGAGCCUCCACCUUCGGCUUCACUGAGCGGUUUGACCUGGAUUGGUUCCAGGCCUUUGGUCUUCGUCUGUGGUAUUGCACCUCUGAAGACGAGCCAAUUGAGGCGGCCAUCUCCAAGUUCAUUGAGGACUUGGCCACCGGUCAAGAACCUGCAUUUCCCCACCCCUCUCACGAGGUCAGUACCCGCGCAGUCUUGCAGCCUGGCUCUGAUACCCUUGGUCGCGAAUCCCCUCUUUGGGUGCUACUCAAGGCCUUCUCGGCUACCCAAGGCCAAGAGGUCCAGCCGAUUGAAUUCCCAGCCUCUCUUCUUCCCGAAUCCGUCUCUGGCGAUGCUCUCUCCAACCGACUCUCCUUCCAGUUGCACCAUGUUGUCGCUGCGACAGUCGGUCAAAGCAAAGCCAUCAAAAUCGACCAGCAACAAACCGACCACCUUGUCUGGGACUUUGCUUCUGAGCUCAGUGCAAGCGGACAACUCGAUCAAGCUUUGUUCGUCCUCCUGCAUCUUUCCCAGGCUGGAGACCGCAAGCGCGCCGUGCAAGAAACCCUCGCCCGCUUCGCCGCGCAACUCCCCGAGCCCCUCGCUGCCGACGGCUCACCCGACCCGGCUUGGCAAUAUCUCAUCACCGACCUCCAGCUCCCCGAGGCCUGGAUCUGGGUUGCCAAGGCCCUUUACGCUCGAGACACCGGCGACGCCGCCCGUGAAGUAGACUGCCUCAUCCGCGGCAAGCACUGGAACGACGCCCACGCCACCUUCUGCCGCAUCGUCGGCCCAAGCACCAUCAUCGAAGGCGACUACCGUACUCUUGAAGCUUUGGUGUCUGGCUUCGGUGACGGCCCCGAGCGUAAAAUGCGCGGCUGGUCUUCCGGUGGCGGCGUCUACGAAGACUUCCUGCGCCUAGUCAACAGUCCCAGUGGCCGCCGUGACCCCACUCGCCUGAACCGCUUAGUGAAUGCUCUCGUGGCAAUGGGUGACCGUCUCCAAGCCGCCGGUUUGGAAGGACUGGAGGAGCGUGUUGCAUUCAACGAGAUGAGCCGCGCUGUCGCCGGCUGGAUUAGGCACGAAGAUGUUCAUACUGUUGAAUCAUCUGCUAUCCUUGGUCUCCCCUUGACAGGCGAUGCCCGCGUUCUGCAGACUGCGGAGAUGAGCCGUCGCUACUACGGCGUUAUCAUGGCAGGUGGUCAUUAA